AAACAACCCGAUCAUCAAGUAAUAGAGGUCUUGCUAUCUAGAUCCCUUUACCCCAGAUAGUCUCCCAUUUACAUUGCCCUUUUCUACAUUUUCUUUGCCCUCAACAACACAUAGCACCGCUCACGAUGUCUGACACCGAGACAAAACCCGACCCCACCACCACUGCCCCUCCCGAAGAGAAGAAGGAAGAGGUCCCUGCCACCACAGAACCUGAGGCCGAAACCAAGCAAGGAGAGACCACAGACAAACCUGCUGCUGAGCAGGAGGCGAAGCCUGUCACCUCUGACAGUGUGUUCUCGAUGUUUGGUGGGGGUCCCAAGAAGGAAAAGAAAGAAGAAGCCGAGGAUGAUCAAGCCGAACCAUCUGGAUCUUCAAAGAAGAAGGAGAGCGAAGAAGCUGAUGUUGAAGCCGAGCCUGAUGUCGAUUUCGAGCCCGUUUAUCGCCUGACUGAGAAGGUUGAGAUCAAGACAAAUGAGGAGCUCGAGGAACAAGUUUUCAAGAUGCGUGCGAAGCUUUUCAAGUUUGAUACCGACUCUAGAGAGUGGAAAGAGCGUGGAACCGGCGAUGUGAGACUGUUGAAGCACAAGGAGAACCACAAGACUCGCUUGGUUAUGCGAAGAGAUAAGACUCACAAAGUUUGCGCGAACCACUACAUCGUCCCUGAUAUGAAGUUGUCUCCAAACGUUGGAAGUGAUCGAAGCUGGGUGUGGAAUGCUGCCGCGGACGUCAGCGAAGGUGAACCCGAGGCGCAGACUUUGGCCAUUCGUUUUGCCAAUAGUGAAAACGCCAAUCUCUUCAAGGAGGCAUUCGAGAAAGCUCAGGAGGAAAACGAAAAACUUUUCAACAAACAGUAAACGUACAUGAUUCUCUCCUGAAGUCGACCAGGAACGGUUGCCCGCCAUGGCGAAACCCACAGAGAUGAGAUAGCUCCCACAGUGAUCUACACUAAUUUGCUCCAUCCCCGUCCCUACGCCCAGAUCUAUUGAAAACAAACUCAUCCCGAUGCACUUACCCCAUCCCCUUUGAGUUCCCUAUUGCGACCAUCGAGCUCUGUGGCUAUUUUCUAUCAAACCCCCGUUUGGCUCCAGGGAGAGCGGUUCGGAUCGAUGGUGAAUACCAGAUGAUGAGUACUACGAAUAGCUCCCCGGUCCUGGGCCCUCCGCCCUUAUUUUGAAGGG